AUGUUCUAUGAGAUUGAUACUGAUCAUGGAUUGCCUUAUGAUCCAUUCAAGGCCUGCGUAGUCCCCCGCCCCAUCGGCUGGAUCUCCACGCGCUCCCCCUCGGGCCACGACAACCUCGCCCCCUACUCCCAAUUCACAAACCUCACCUUCGACCCCCCUUACGUGCUCUUCUCUUCCAACCGCACCCCUUUGGGUCAACGCAAAGAUACCGUCAACAACGCCAUCGCGACCGGUUUCUUUGCCUGGAAUCUCGCUACUUAUGCUUUGAGAGAAGAAGUCAAUGUAACAGCUCAGCAACUAGACCCGGGGGAGGAUGAGUUUGUUGCUGCAGGGUUGGAGAAGGAGGAAGGUAGGGUGGUGGGAGUGAGUUUGGUGAAAGAGUCCCCGGUGAGGUUUGAGUGUGCUUUUGAGAGGGUUGUUGAGUUGCCUGGGAAUCCGCCUAUGGGGACGGUCGACAUCAUAUUCGGCCGCGUGCUCGCCGUCCAUAUCUCCGACUCCGUGCUCACCGACGGCAAAAUCGACAUCAAGAAAACAGAACCCAUAGCUAGGUUAGGCUAUUACGAAUACGCGGUUGUGAGAGAUACUUUCGAAAUGAGAAUUCCGGGGACAAAUAAGGCGUUGUUGGAUGGGCUUGAGGGAUCCGCGAAAGCGAACAGGAAGCUGUAG